AUGGGUGAAUGCGGCUGUCUGGACUGUAUGGACGAACACCGGAGAGCUGCCCGAAACUGUGAUCUGGGCAAUGAUGAAGCUGAUGAGCUGGAUAAGGACUCAGUGGCCUUUGAGGAUGUGGCUGUCAACUUCACCCUGGAGGAGUGGGCUAUGCUGGAUCCUUCCCAGAAGAAACUCUACAAAGAUGUCAUGGGGGAAAUCCGUACAUACUUGGCUUCUGUAGGAAAAAGAUGGGAAGAUCAGAACAUUGAACAUCAGUACAAAAAUCACAGCAGAAAUAUAAGAAGCUUUCAAGUGCAUGAAAGAACUCACACUGCGGAGAAGCCCUAUGAAUGUAAACGCUGUGGUAGAGCCUUCGUUUACUCUGGUCACUUUCGAGAACAUGAAAGAACUCACACUGGAGAGAAGCCCUAUGAAUGUAAACAAUGUGGUAAAACCUUCGGGUGGCACAGUUCCUUUCGAGUACAUGAAAGAAAUCACACUGGAGAGAAGGCCUAUGAAUGUAAACAUUGUGGUAAAGCCUUCAGUUGUUCCUCUUCCUGUCGAAAACAUGAACGAACUCAUACUGGAGAGAAGCCCCACGAAUGUGAACACUGUGGUAGAGCCUUUAGUUGUUCUGGCUCUCUUGUAGUACAUAAAAGAACUCACACUGGGGAGAAGCCCUAUGAAUGUACACACUGUGGUAGAGCCUUUAAUAAUUUCUCUUCCUUUCAGAAACAUGAACGAACUCACACAGGAGAGAAGCCCUAUGAGUGCACACAGUGUGGUAGAGCCUUUAAUAAUUCCUCUUCCUGUCAGAAACAUGAACGAACUCACACAGGAGAGAAGCCCUAUGAGUGCACACAGUGUGGUAGAGCCUUCAGUUCUUCUUGUUCUCUUGUAGUACAUAAAAGAACUCACACUGGGGAGAAGCCCUAUGAAUGUACACACUGUGGUAGAGCCUUCAGCCAUUGCAGUUCAUUUCGAAGACAUGAAAGGACUCACACUGGAGAGAAACCCUAUGAACGUAAGCAGUGGUAA